AUGGCAGACUCACUUGCAUGGCAUUAUGUUGCUGAUCACAAAAUUCAACAUAUGUGGAACAAGUCAGCAGCAGAGUGUGACCAGCAACACGAAAAUGGCCUCCAUCUAAACAAAUAUGUGCUUCUGUAUGAAGAGUUGUCAUAUGUGAUGAACUUUGGUGAUAUCAGACAACUGGAGACUUGCCUUGUUACAUGGAUAUUGAUGUUCAAGGCUACUGGUAAACACAAGUAUGCCAAUGUGAUGUUGGAGUUCUUAUGUAAUGUGCACUUUGUAUAUCCUGAAGGUUUAAAGUGA